CAAUCACAGGGAGUACGGAACUAUAGGAGGAAGCGACAGCCAAAACAAGGUAUAGCUGCUCUACGACGGGAUUAAUAACCGUAUUACGAAUGCUUUGGUUGGGCCAAAAGAAAAAUGACAACUAAGGAGGUUGUAGAAGGUAAAAACAACCAACCUGUGGCCAUGUGCCCUGAAAGUAUAGCUGCAAACAAAGGCAGAGAAAACCCCAACCAGCGUGGAGUGCAAGCGGCAGGAGGCACAACAGACACCAGCACAGCGGCGAAGAACCUGGCCUUGUUAAAAGCUCGCUCCCUGGAUGUGAAGUUUGAUGUUGGAGAGGAGUAUGAUAUUAUAGAAACCAUUGGUACUGGGGCCUAUGGCGUUGUCUCAUCUGCCAGGAGACGGGAUAACGGCCAGCAGGUGGCAAUAAAGAAGAUAUCCAAUGCUUUUGAAGUGCUGACAAAUGCCAAACGGACCUUGCGAGAGCUAAAGAUUCUCAAGCACUUCAAGCAUGACAACAUUAUUGCCAUCAAAGAUAUCCUGCAGCCAAACCUUCCACAUUCUGCCUUCAAGUCUGUAUAUGUGGUGCUCGACCUGAUGGAGAGCGACUUGCAUCAGAUCAUCCACUCGGCCCAGACGCUCACCCCGGAGCACACGCGCUACUUUCUGUACCAGCUCCUCCGUGGCCUUAAGUACGUGCACUCUGCCAACGUCAUCCACCGUGACCUCAAACCCUCCAACCUGUUGGUAAACGAGAACUGCGAGCUGAAAAUCGGUGACUUCGGCAUGGCCAGGGGUCUCAGCUCGCACCCCGAGGAGUCUUAUUCCUUCAUGACUGAAUAUGUGGCAACUCGAUGGUACCGUGCUCCCGAACUCCUGCUGUCUCUAAAUCACUAUAGUUUGGCCAUAGACUUGUGGUCUGUGGGCUGCAUCUUUGCAGAAAUGCUCGGACGCAAGCAGCUUUUUCCUGGGAACAACUAUAUCCACCAGCUCCAGCUUAUUUUGUCUGUGUUGGGAACUCCCACUGAGGAUAUAAUUGGUGCUAUUAGGUCAGACAGAAUACGUUCUUAUGUUCAGAGUCUUCCACCAAACUUUGCUGUGCCUUUGGCCAAACAAUACCCACAAGCUGAACCAGAAGCUUUGGACCUUUUGGCUGCCAUGCUGCGCUUUGACCCUCGUAAACGAAUCAGUGUGACUCAAGCUCUGGAGCAUCCUUACCUCGCUAAGUACCAUGACCCCGACGACGAGCCGAUUUGUGUGCCCGCUUUUGAUUUUGAAUUUGACAAACUUCAGCUGAACAAUGAACAAAUUAAAGAGGCCAUUCUGAUGGAGAUCCAGGACUUUCAUCGGAACAAGCAGAGCUGUCGGCAGAGACUGCAGUUCAGACCCAUGUCGAGGGUGAGCAGUGGAGCUGCAGCGCAAGGCAAUAACCAGCGUGACGUUCAAAGCUCGGCGGCCAAUCUCACCAAAUCCACACUGGUUCCCAUGGCACAGCAGCCACAAGCAGCACAGCAAAUGAGAGUAGGGAAAUCUCAACAGCAACAAGAGCAGACACCAGCAGAAGGGAACCACGCAUUCACAAACCAGCUGCAAACACUUAAUAAACCUACGACUUUUUUAGACCUCUCUCCACCUCGUGUGACCCACAAUUUGCCUCACCUCUCCAAAACUGAAAGCUGUCCAGUUGAUGUGGACAUGCCCAGUGCCAACUCUGAUAGCGGUCAGUUAGAGACUAUAGACUUAACGACUCCUGUGUCUGGUCAAGAUGCAGCCUCGGAGGCGAUGAGAGACGGAGAGACACAGGAACAGCUCACCAGCGGUCAGGUUGCUCUGACUCAGCACACCAAAAGCCAGGCUAUGGCAGAGGCUACCACCAGUAUUCCUGCAACACCAGCACAAAACAUGACACCUUUACCCACCACUGUGCCUUCAUUUUCCCUCUCAGCGGCACAGGUCCAGUCACUGUCCCAGUCCCUUUCAAAGUCACUGUCCAAGAAUGCCCGGCCUCCUCCAGGUGCCGCGGAGGGAACUCGAAAAGAAGGAGCAAUAUCAGAGGACACUAGAAUCGCACUUAAAGCAGCUAUAUUGAAAUCAUCUCUGAGAAAUAAAUGCAGGGGUGAUGGAGGUGCCUCUGUUCUGGGCCUGGAUGUCAGUGGAGCAGGAGGUGCGUCGUCCGCCCUGUCUUCAGCUCCGGAGUCGCGCCGGCCUGUCACAGCCCAGGAGCGUCAACGAGAGAGAGAGGAGAAAAGAAGGAAGAGGCAGGAGCGGGCGAGAGAGAAGGAGAGGAAAAUGAAGGAAAAGGAGAGAAGGGAGGGAAGGCAGGGCGACUCGCUGGGCGGGGUUCUGUUGAGCGACGACGACAAAAGCCGCUUGCAGCGCUGGACAAAGAUGAUGGACAGCCGCAAUGAGAAAUCUGUGAACAGUGAUGGAGCCCAGAACAAAAACUGCACCGUGAACAUGCACAGGGGUGUCUCUAUUGCAGAUAAUAGUCAAGGAGGACAGAACAAUAAAACAGACACUGAGGGAAGGAACCUCCAGUGUCACGCGCCAAUAAUCCCCCAAGUUAAAGACCUAUUUCAGCCUCCCAGCACCCAACAACCGUCCUUACUUCUCCAGAUGAAGCAGAGGAAGACUUUGACCAAUAUAGGUGUUGCUGUAGGUGGAGGCAUGGACGUGAUGACUGUCACCAGGGGCUAUAUUGAAAACGACACAAUGAAACCACACGAUGAAAGCAGGCAGGUUGGUUUUAGCUGUUUGGGAAACUGGAGCACGCAGCAAUUGGAGGCAAAGCCACAACAACCGCAGCCAAACAGAAAAGUGCAGCCUCUGACGUCGGCCUUUCUUCAGUCACAGGGCCAAACUCAAAGCCAAACCCAACCGGACCCCCAACCUCAGUUACAGCUUCUUCCCCUUGAGAAUUUUUUGACUAAAACGCUAAGCACCAGUGACACAAACGGGAAGGUGGAUGUCGUGCAACGGAAGAACUUCAACUCUCACCUCAACCCUUCAACUACGAGUGCUGGGUCCAUGGAGAAGCUGUGUCUGUCUGUGGGAGAGAAAUCAGGGCCACCGACGACAAACCCCCUUUGCGGGGAUCUGGGGGUCUCGCAGCCCCACCCCAGCUUAGGAUUCACAGACACUGGGCAGCAAGGGCCCUCCAUUGCCCCCGACAUCCAUACAGUCACAGUGCAACUGUCAAAGUCCCAGGUAGAGGAUGUUCUCCCCCCAGUGUUUUCAGUCACCCCUAAAGGCAGUGGUGCUGGGUACGGUGUGGGCUUUGACCUCGACGACCUUCUCAACCAGUCUCUCUCAGACCUGCAGCACUGUGACCGGGACAGUUUUGACUCGGCCCCUCUUUCCGCCUCCCUCUUGUCUGACUGGAGCGAGGUUCACCGCAUGACGCCGGCUGAUCUGGAAUCUCUGCAGCAGGAGCUGCAGCUUGGCUCUCCCAUGAUCCUCUCUGACACCAUACCCCCAGACACAUGAUUUUCCUUUAUUGGGGAACUUGGACAAAUUCAGAAAAUGUUUGUUUAGCAUGAAAGUGAAUGGAUUUUAAUAGGUGCUGCCAUUUUUUUAAAGCCUUUGACAUGCUACACUAAAUAAUAAAGAAACUGAAAUGUUA